GAGAAAGGCUUUUGAAAACUCUAUAAAAACUCAAGACAUACAAAGUUUUCAUACAUAAGAUUAGAUUGUGAAGAGCGAAAGCAAAUAAGAAGGCGAAGUCAAAUUACACAAAACGUUGCAAACAUAAGAUUCGAUUGUGGAGAACCAAAACAAGAAGGCAAAGACAGAGAGACAGAUAAAGUUGCAAUUAUAAAAGAUUAAGCUAAGAGAUAAUGACAGGAGAACCAUCUUUAUGCAUUAGAGGGUGUGGCUUCUUCAGCACGUCACAAACCAAGAACCUCUGUUCUAAGUGCUACAACGAUUUCUUAAAGGACGAGUCAGCCAGAUACUUGGACACUUUCAACAUCAACCCGGAAACAGCGGCAGAGGCUGCUGAAGAGGUCACAGCCGAAGAGGAAACAGCGGUGGAGGCGGUUGUGGUGAAGAAGAAGGAUAAGAAGAGUAGUAGUAGAUGCAAUGCGUGCAAGAAGAAGGUUGGGUUGCUAGGGUUUCACUGUAGAUGUGGCCACAUGUUCUGCGGGUCUCACCGCUACCCUGAAGAGCAUUCUUGUCCAUCGGAUUAUAAAUCUGCAGCCAUUGACGUCUUAGCAAAACAAAACCCUAUCGUCAAGGCUGAUAAACUCUUCAGACUUUAGUCAACCUCUAUGCUUUUGUGUUUUUUUUUUUCUUCGCCGUGUAAACUCUCAACUUUUUUUUUCAUAACUUUUUUUUUCUCUGCCAUUGGUAAUUAAAAAACAUAUUUUAGUUCUUAGAACUUAUAAUUACAUUGUGUCGCCCGAUUAUUGAGAAUGACUAAUCGUUUGUUUGAAACUGAAA